AAGAACAAAUGAUUAAUUGUUGCUAAAUAUUUUAAUCAUUCGUACUUCGUACAUGUGAUUGGUUCUCGUCCUUGAGUUAACGUGAUAAAACGACGGUUCCGCGCCCCGCGGUAGACGCGCCCGUUAAUGCCGUUAUCUCGUACGUUCGUGGCCGAAGUUGGGAUCCUAACCUAAAUUAAUCGUGCGCGCUACUCAGUCGAAGACACGGUGUGAUUUCUUCGAAUUCUCACAGAAUUCUACGUCCUCUUGGCUGAAGCAAUUAUCCGAAUUGUAUUUUACGGUGUCUACUUUCGUCGUGAGAAACGAAAACAUUACGGUGAGAGGGUUUAUGGUGAGACUUGUGGAUACCCGACAAUGACGAACAGCUGGCGAGGCACGAAUAUGCCAGCGAGUUCCAAGGAUCUGGAACAUGAUGAGUUUAUGAAACGCAUAAAAAAAUCAUUAUAUUAUUCCAAAUUACCAGUGAUUAACUGCUUGAGUUUACCAGUUACAGAAUUGGCAGCGGAACUUUUUACAGAAGUAAAAAGUGGUCCUACAUUGGAAAAACUUGAUGUUGAAGAGGCAAGUAGGAUUUCUAGAAAUGCCUGUGUUUCUCCUUGUUCGCUUGUGUUGGCCUUACUGUACAUUGAAAGAUUAAAGAACUGCAAUCCAGAAUAUCUUCAUCAAGUAGCGCCUUCCGAGUUAUUCUUGGUCUCUUUGAUGGUAGCCAGUAAAUUUCUGCACGAUGACGGCGAAGAGGAUGAAGUUUUUAACAAGGAGUGGGCAAAUUCAGGACAAGUUACUAUAUCUCGAAUGAAUAAAUUGGAAAAGGAUUUUCUUGCUGCAAUCGAUUGGACUGUAUUGGUUCAGCACCAAGAUUUUUGGGAAAGACUGCAACAACUAGAAAAGAAUGUGGCAUAUCGAGAAGUACAUAAGCGAAGAUGGUGCACAUAUACAGAAUUGAGUUGUCUAAUGAAUACUGUUCAGUUAAUUAGAAUUGCGCAAACCCUAAUAAGUGUCUCUUCGAUCUGCCUGGCGACUUAUGCUGCCGGAUUGGCAACUCUUUUGGGAUCCACUUUGGUUGCUAAUUUUAUUGUGCAAAGUUGCUUACCUGGAACAUCAUUCAAUUCGAGGCAAUCAACGAAUCUGUCCGUGAAUCUCACGACGAAUCUUACAUCAACUGAUCUAACUGAUUCAUUGAUAAAUACGCGAUCCCAGGAGAUUGACGACGACGGUCUUCCGAUUUCCGAUUCCAAAAACGAUAUGGGUUAUUCCGCAACUGUGGAAAUCAAGAAUGAUGACGAUAUAGCCAGUUGGAAAUGGUGGUUAAACUCGACGAUGACUUGGCUGCCCGAGUAUUGCAACUUGGAGAGUGACGUCAAAGUUGCAAAUUCCUCCAAUAAAUUAUGCGUCACUAACGUCGACUUCUCAUUCAAUUCGACACAAGCUAUAAAUACAAGAAAGAUGGAGAAAAUCAGAAAAACUGAGGAUUUUGCACCAGAGGACUAUCGUCGCAACGUGAAUUGGAAGGAAAUACUGGACACAACUUUAAAUUGGCUUGCACAAGACUGGAGACGAUUACAUUAUGAAAGCGUCUUUCGAUCACCAGAAUUAAAAAUUUACUAUUAAUUUGUUGAUAAAAACUCGCCUGUUAGACAGCCUUUUUUUCAGAGAGAGAUAUAUAUAUAUAAUAUAAAUCUAUAUUUUUUGUACUAACUUUUUGCAUUGUAACGUUCAAUACUAACAAAUCUGUUUUUCUCAAUAAAUAUCCGAUGUCACAUGCUA